GGUGGGCACGGUGAGCGGCGGGACCGGGCUGGAGCGGCGGGGCAGCCUCGGGGGAAGGAGCGGCGGGGAGCAGUUGGGAAGGUCCACAGAGAGCCGGGAGCCAACAAAUCAUCUCAACACCUAAACAAGGCAUUAAGUCUGAACUGUUGCUAUCUAUCUGUCUGAAACUUCUGGAAGGAACACUCCUAUUAGAAAUGGCAGAAAAGGUGAAUAACUUCCCGCCACUCCCCACGUUUAUCCCUCUGGAACCGUGUUUCUACCAGAAUUUUGCUGAUGAAAUUCCCAUCGGUUAUCAGUCUCUGGUGAAGAGGAUCUACCACGUAUGGAUCUUUUACUGCAUCACGCUAGUGGUGAAUAUAAUUGCAUGCCUGGCAUGGUGGAUUGGGGGAGGCUAUGGCGUCAAUUUUGGUUUGGCCAUCCUCUGGCUUAUCCUCUUCAGUCCCUGCAGCUACGUCUGCUGGUUCCGACCUGCGUACAAAGCCUUUCGGUACAUAAAAUCUACCGAGGGGCUGGUGGAAGCUUUCAGAAAGCUCAGGAUGAGUGGAACAGUGGCACAUGGAGGAACCCCCCCAGCAGAGAGGCCCAGUACAGCAAUUUUUCUGGGAACAGCCUGCCAGAGUAUCCCACAGUGCCCAACUAUCCCCCGGGAAACCAAUGGCCUUAAGCAGCAACAGCUGCAAACUGCCUGGAUUCUCUUCUUUUUGAUCUUUUUAUUAUUGUUAUUUGAAAAGAUCAUUUGCAUUCCCCUGCCAAGCACCCCGGUCACCUUGGGGACAUUUUUGGUUUUUGUCUCAUCACUGCAGAAGAUACGUGCUGUCAGCCCUUGACCCCUCUGGAGCUCUGCACGGCUGCAUCAGAAAGUUUUUCGUUUGCAUUGAGUUACCAGUAUUUGCCUCGUUGCAGACUGAGGAACCGACCGUUCACUGCCCUGCUUGAGGGAAUCAUUUCAUGACCCCAUGCAAAAAACGCUGACUUCCCUACGACGGUGAACACCACUGCGAUUGCUCCUUCUCUGGCCUCCCUGCCCUGCUUAGUUUUCAUCACAUGCAUGGCACGCCCCCAAGUCAUCUGUAAUUGUAACAAACACAAUCAGACCGGUAGUAGCAACUGGUGUUUACUCUCCCGGAUGAAUAAUCUGGAAUUUUUCACUCUAAGGGAAAUGCAACGCCUAAAUUAUUUGGUACUAGUGAUAUCGAAGGUAUUUGUAAAACUACCACCUCAUUUGCUUGCGCACUCUGGUGAGGAAUCCUUUAGAUAACAGUGCUCGCUGCGGGUGAGUGUUGUUCAGAUGUAAAGUCCACAAGAGUUUUCAUUUGCCUGGCUAGGGCUACUGCUAUGCUAGAAGUCUUGUUUUCCCUGCUGCUAAAUGUUUUUUCUAGAUCUGUGUGCUUCAAAGGUGCAGAUUCAUCUCAUUUGGUUAAUGAUUGCUUGCUAAAAGCCUGAUCCAAAGCCCACUGGAAACUCUUGAAAAGCUUGCUGACAUUGGGCUUUGGACCUGGCCUCCUGGGUGAUGCUCACCCCGUUACAGGCGGGCAGCGCGAGAUCUCUAUGCCAUCUAAAUUCCACCUAUGUGGCAUCCAGGCUUUGUGCUGACCCAAGAAAUGCCCCACAGGACACACCUUGCCCUGCUGGGACACCCUUUUUUCUGAGCUCCCAGCCAGUAGCCGGAUGCAAGGUAGCUUUGAUCUCAGUGCUGGGACCCCAGUGUGCUUUGGGAGAAGUUCUGUUACAAUGAAGAGUUUUAAUUCUGCCUUCUACCGAUGUAGUUGAAAUCCAAACAUGCAGUGGGGUCUGGUUGACCAAGGAAAGCUUCUUAGUCCUUGUAACUGAUGUUAGCUGUGCAGACCUGGUCUGCCUCUGUGUAGCUGGCAGCACUUUCCUUCCAUGUAUGAGCAGGGAGAAAUUUUUGCCUUUCUCCAAGAAUUGGCUAAAGUAAGGAUGAAGCUGUUGGGAGGGAUUGUUUUUCCUGAGAGCUAGCACCUGUCAUGUCGUUCAUCUCCAUUCUGUGCAUGCACACCAGGGCUCCUGUAGCCUGAGCCAUCCAAUUCCCCUGUGUCCACAGCGAUCCAAGCAGCAAAGGCUGCGGUGUUUUCUUCCCCUUCAACAGCCUGCUGUGAAUUUUUUCAAACCUGUCAAAACUGGGAGGUCAGUUCCCAAUAUUUUUAUAGGGAGUGAGUGUUCAAAGUCUUCAGCUCUGAAAGUUUCAGCCAUUGAUCCUGUGAAGGACAGAGUGCUCCACUGCAGGACUUGGGAGGUGUUGGGCACUCUGUGGGUCAGACCCAGAGCCAGCCCGGCUUGGCAGGCUGCAGAUGGGAUGCCAGAGGUGUUCUGGUGUAAGUGGAGCUGCUCCAAAUUCACACUGAGUAACUGGAAAACAAAGUUGGCUCCUGGAAAAGGACAGAGAGGUUGUUCUAGCUAGGUGGAAUUGAUUUGCAAGUGAUCUUUUGAAAACUGUCUCUACAUGUGCCUUAUCUAAUAAACUAUUAGUUCACAAAGGAGAAUUCUUCCUUCCACAUCACCCCUGCAGAACUUCCCGUUUGCUCUAUUAACUUUUCCUGUGUCAUACUGUAAAUACUAAGUGAAGUACAGCUUGGAGUCUGCAUGACACCUUUGUUACUAGGGCCAAAGCAAAAGCAAACCUAAAUCAGAGGGCAGAGCCUCCCUGAAUUUCCAUUUACAAGCAACACUGACACCCUGCUGCAGAACCAGCCUUUUGUUGGGUCUGGGAUAUUUAAUGUGCUCCCAACACGAGGUUUUUUUUCUUGCGAGUGUGCAAUGUGCUUGUAAGUAUGAGUGCUUGAAGCCUUCAUAACAGAACACGACUUAAAUGCUUGAUAAUGCGAUCAGGUGCCUUUGUCUUGUGUCAAGUGUAAUUUUAAGUGUUCUUUGUCGCUUGCCAUCAGAGUGAUAAAAGAACUGCCUGUCGGUUAUCUGCCUGGAAAUACAAUUGCACUACGGGGGAGUGAGGGAAGGUUACUGGGGCUGAAUGUGAGGUUGGCCAGACGUGGAAACCAGAACAUGGUGCACCCAUGUACCACGCUCCCUCUGGCCCUGCCCCUCGCUGUCCUCAGCCUCUUGCCAAAAUAUUUCAAAAGCGAUUGGUAUCUGUCCUUUUUAGUGUCUCAGGUUGGAGAUUGCAAAGGAACCAAGAGGAGAAGCAUUGCCGGGGACUCUGUGCCCUGCUUCUCCCCCCCCCCCCCCGGGAUAAUCUGGGGCACUCUUUUGAAGCAGCCACAUCCAGUCACAUUGAAAAUGCUUGAUGCAAGGAGGAGGAGUGCUUAGGACCAAAAUGGUGGGAGCCAGACACCAAAAUCGCAACCCAUUAGCACACACUGCCUGAGAUCUCUACAGAGCUUAAACGAACCUCUCUGGGAUCUACCGUCUCUCAUCCCCCCUCCAUCCUAUUUGAUGCCAGAAACCGUAAUUCCAGAUAGUUGACUCAACGUGCUGCCUGAACUACCAUGGCUUUUUUUUUUUUUUUGACUCCUCUGUAUGGUUUUAAAUGUUUACAUUAGAUUUCUAAGAGUUCUUAACACCAUUGACCUGGACCUGGCUUCUGGUUUUGUUUGGCAUCACAUGGCAUGUAUGUGUGCCAUGUUUCACAUCACUUGUGGAGCUCUGUUUUUUGUUUGUGUUUUUCUCCUGAUCACAAGACAAUAAAUACUCAUCCUGUGCUUGAUGAGAAGAACUGGC